UAUCAUAUGUUGUAAGACUAGCGGAGAGGCAAGACAGAGAGAGAGAGAUAUGCAAGGAGACAAAUCAAAUGACAUUUACAGAGAGUGCUUAAGGAACCAUGCAGCCAGCCUUGGCAGUUAUGCCACUGAUGGCUGUGGAGAAUUCACUCUGGAUGACAUCAACACUACCCCUGGAGGCCGCAGCAGCUUACACUGCGCUGCCUGUGGCUGUCAUCGUAACUUCCACCGCAAAGUCACCUGCGGUGCAAGCUACAGCAACAACAACAACAGCAGCCGCGAUGACCGAGAAAUCAUCGCGGCUGACUACCGCCUGGCAACUGAAGAGUCGCCGGCGGUUUCAGAGAGGAGCGGGAAGAAGAGGUUUAGGUCGAAGUUCACAGCAGAUCAGAAGGGGAAAAUGCUGGCAUUUGCUGAGAAAUUGGGGUGGACCCUACAAAGGAAAGAUGAAGAAAAUGAGACUGAAAGAUUUUGCAGGGAAGUAGGGGUAAGUAGAAAGGUGUUUAAAGUAUGGAUGCAUAAUCAUAAGAAUAAUUCUUCCAGUACUACUACUGGGAAUAAUGUAUCCUCUCUUACUCAAUAGAAGAUUUGACUUCUCAAGGAGUUUUUAGGUUAAGUUAUUCAUUCCCUUCUUAUUUUUUCACUUUUGAUUGAUUAAAUCCACUAAUAUGCCUCAUCUUGUAUUAAUUGCAGCACUUGAGACAUUUUUUUA